GGAAGCUAUUACUGCACUUGCCUGACAGGAUAUAGCCCUUCUAAUAGCAUGGCCAUAUUCAUCCCCAAUGAUGGCACCCACUGUCAGGGUAUGUUACAGCCCUUCUAAUAGCAUGGCCAUAUUCAUCCCCAAUGAUGGCACCCACUGUCAGGGUAUGUUACAGCCCUUCUAAUAGCAUGGCCAUAUUCAUCCCCAAUGAUGGCACCCACUGUCAGGGUACGUUACAGCCCUUCUAAUAGCAUGGCCAUAUUCAUCCCCAAUGAUGGCACCCACUGUCCGGGUAUGUUACAGCCCUUCUAAUAGCAUGGCCAUAUUUAUACCCAAUGAUGGCACCCACUGUCAGGGUAUGUUACAGCCCUUCUAAUAGCAUGGCCAUAUUCAUCCCCAAUGAUGGCACCCACUGUCAGGGUAUGUUACAGCCCUUCUAAUAGCAUGGCCAUAUUCAUCCCCAAUGAUGGCACCCACUGUCAGGGUACGUUACAGCCCUUCUAAUAGCAUGGCCAUAUUCAUCCCCAAUGAUGGCACCCACUGUCCGGGUAUGUUACAGCCCUUCUAAUAGCAUGGCCAUAUUCAUACCCAAUGAUGGCACCCACUGUCAGGGUAUGUUACAGCCCUUCUAAUAGCAUGGCCAUAUUCAUCCCCAAUGAUGGCACCCACUGUCAGGGUAUGUUACAGCCCUUCAAAUAGCAUGGCCAUAUUCAUCCCCAAUGAUGGCACCCACUCUCAGGGUAUGUUACAGCCCUUCUAAUAGCAUGGCCAUAUUCAUCCCCAAUGAUGGCACCCACUGUCAGGACAUUGAUGAGUGUAGGAUACAAGGCAUUUGUGGUGAGGGGGGUCAGUGUACGAACAUCCCAGGGAAUUUUCACUGCCACUGCCAAGUAGGAUACCGGGUUCAAAAUGGAGCUGAGCCCUUCCACCCUCACCAGGAUCAGGCCGUGUGCAAAGCCAUUGAUUGUGGGCAGCCACCCUUGGCUGAGAAUGCAGUCAGGCUGUCAGCCACAGGAACACGAUAUGGUAGCAUAGCUAAGUUUGCCUGCGCUGAGGGAUUCCUCAGGAACAGUGGGGACAACUUUGCCAUUUGUGGGACAGAAGGUGUGUGGAAGGGCCCAAGUCUUCUUUGUGAAGAGGUUGACUGUGGUUCUCCUCCUGCCCUCCCUCACUCUGUAAUGUUCUGGGAUCAGAGAACCAAUAUGGGUUCUGAGGUGUUUUAUCAGUGUAACUUUGGAUAUAAGAAUGUGGGAGAGGGGAAUGUAUCACAUUGUAAUGCUGAUGGACAGUGGGACAAGUCAGCUUUACUAUGUGAAGCCAUAUUGUGUGGUGAUCCCCCUAUACUGCCCCACACUGGACAGGUGUGGAAUGGCAGCACAAACCCAGGCAGCACUGUGCUCUAUUACUGUAAAGAAGGAUUUUAUAGAGCGGGAGGAGGGAAUAUUUCCUACUGUACAGAAUAUGGUUACUGGACAAAUGUAACGUUGUCAUGCAAAGAAAUAACAUGUAGUGAUCCCCCUAUACUGCCCCACACUGGACAGGUGUGGAAUGGCAGCACAAACCCAGGCAGCACUGUGCUUUAUUACUGUAAAGAGGGAUUUUAUAGAGCGGGAGGAGGGAAUAAUUCCUACUGUACAGAAUAUGGUUACUGGACAAAUGCAACGUUGUCAUGCAAAGAAAUAACAUGUGGUGAUCCCUCAAUACUGCCCCACACUGGACAGGUGUGGAAUGGCAGCACAAACCCAGGCAGCACUGUGCUUUAUUACUGUGAAAAGGGAUUUUAUAGAGCGGGAGGAGGGAAUAAUUCCUACUGUACAGAAUAUGGUUACUGGACAAAUGCAACGUUGUCAUGCAAAGAAAUAACAUGUGGUGAUCCCUCAAUACUGCCCCACACUGGACAGGUGUGGAAUGGCAGCACAAACCCAGGCAGCACUGUGCUUUAUUACUGUGAAAAGGGAUUUUAUAGAGCGGGAGGAGGGAAUAAUUCCUACUGUACAGAAUAUGGUUACUGGACAAAUGCAACGUUGUCAUGCAAAGAAAUAACAUGUGGUGAUCCCUCAAUACUGCCCCACACUGGACAGGUGUGGAAUGGCAGCACAAACCCAGGCAGCACUGUGCUUUAUUACUGUAAAGAGGGAUUUUAUAGAGCGGGAGGAGGGAAUAUUUCCUACUGCACAGAAUAUGGUUACUGGACAAAUGCAACAUUAUCAUGUAAAGAAAUAACGUGUGGUAAUCCCCCUAUACUGCCACACACUGGACAGGUGUGGAAUGGCAGCACAAACCCAGGCAGCACUGUGCUUUAUUACUGUAAAGAGGGAUUUUAUAGAGCGGGAGGAGGGAAUAAUUCCUACUGCACAGAAUAUGGUUACUGGACAAAUGCAACAUUGUCAUGCAAAGAGGUUGACUGUGGUUCUCCUCCUGCCCUUCCUCACUCUGUAAUGUUCUGGGAUCAGAGAACCAAUAUGGGUUCUGAGGUGUUUUAUCAGUGUAACUUUGGAUACAAGAAUGUGGGAGAGGGGAAUGUAUCACAUUGUAUGGCGGAUGGAGCAUGGGACCAGAUAACUUUUCUGUGUGAAGAGAUUGACUGUGGGGAGCCGCUGUUUAUACCGAACACUAAGAUGAUAUGGAACCGGACAUCAUUGAUUGGUAGUGUGGUAUAUUACCAGUGUGUUGAAGGAUACUACAACACAAGUGGGAUAAAUUAUACUGAGUGUGGAGAAAAUGGACUUUGGACUGACAUCAAACUUCAAUGUGAAGAGGUGAACUGCGGGCCUCCACUAACCCUUCCACAUGCUAACAUGCAGUGGACAAACAGAACUGGCCUAGGGAGUGUUAUUGAGUAUAUAUGUAAGCAGGGAUUUUACCAAGCGGGUGGAAAUAGUCUCUCAACGUGUACACCAUCAGGACAGUGGGGAAUUGUUUCAAUAAUAUGCAAAGCAAAAUGUGGACCAGUCCCUGCUUUGGCAAAUUCGGAGGUGGUUUGGCAGAACGUAAGUGCUGUGAUGCAUCGCUGUGUGGAGGGUUUCCACAGCUGGAGAGGCAGGAACACGUCUCUGUGUGACAUCCAUGGGAAGUGGCAAUCUGCCACAAUAAGAUGCCGAGAAAUCAAGCCCCCCAUUAGUGACUUGGUUUUUCUAAAUGAAAAAUGCUUGCGUUGGAAAGCAGACAAGUAUGAAGCAGAUGCAGAGAAUUACCAGGUAGAAAUUGUGGGAUUCCGAGCCUAUCAAAGGUCAUUUCAUGACAAGAGGAAGAAGCUCCUCAGGUCAAUUUCAGACCACCCUGAGAUCUGCCUGAACCUUCUGCCUGUUACUAACUACACCUUUAGCAUCACUGCACUAUCUGCCAGGUUUACCUCCACUCUCACAGCCAAAACCAGCCUAAGAGAGCCUCAAGCCCCAGAAAUUGUAUACAGCGAAGUUGAGGCCCCAUUGCCCACAUUGUGGCUACGCAGAUUUCCCAACACCCUGGAUCCAAUUAGUUUCUACCAGGUGUUUGUGUGCCCACUGGACGGGUUCCUUCUCUUUGACUGCAGCUCAACUAGGAACCCAGACUUCUCCAUUCAGAGGAAGUCCCAUGGACUUUACAUAACUGCCCAAGUCCAUCUAAUAGAUGUUUGGAAAAAGAUGAACCUCACUGUAGGCGAUGGACGCUACUAUGGAGGCUUCUACAAUGCUCCUUUACAGAACGGGAGAGACUAUUACAUAAUAUUACGAGCUGUCAGUCACUGGGGAGGGGCUUCCAAGCACUGUUGUUUUAUCUGGGCGAAAGUUAGUGGUACAUCCUACUUAAUGAAGGUUUCAUCACUUUAUGCAGCAGGGUCAAUUGGAGUCGUAGCUUUGGCCAUGUGUCUUGGAUACUGUUACACCUGGUUUUUUAAGAAGACCUGAGAGUUUUUCAGUUGGGCCACUUCGUAUAUAAACUAAUGUCCAACAUAUACCUGUAGUAUUGUAAUUGCGCAAUUAUGUGUUUUGUAUUAAAUUGUUGCUGUUGAUG